AUCUGCGUCCAAUCGGGUUGGAGAGGGUGGAGGAGGCUGUGAUGUUGUCACCUGACUAUAGUCGGUUGACCGAGAGCGUAGCGAAGGCACGGCGGAGCUGCCGGGGAGGAGUGUUUAGAUGUGAAGACAAGAAGCAUGUUUUCCUCUGAGAUCUUAAUCAACAUUUGUUAUACAGAAUGCCUUUAAGUGAAAGGAACAGCGUUGUUUUUGCAUAUGAGUCUUCAGUACACAGUGCCAAUGUUCUCCUUAGUCUUGAUGAACAGAGAAAGCAAGAUCUUUUUUGUGAUGUUACUAUCUUAGUAGAAGACCAGAGAUUUCGGGCCCAUUGUUCUGUGCUUGCAGCCUGCAGCAUCUAUUUUCGUUCAAGAAUUGUGGGUCAGUUCGAAUCAGAUCUUGUAGUAAUUUUACCUGAAGAGGUUACACUGAAAGGAUUUGAACCUUUGCUUCAAUUUGCCUAUACUUCCAAACUUAUUUUAGAUAAGAACAAUGUGGCUGAAGUUUGCAAAUGUGCUGAGUUCUUGGGAAUACAUGACAUUGAGGAAUCUUGCUUUCAGUUUCUUAAAUUCAGGUUUCUGGACCAUAAGUCAGGACAGCAGGAAUGUCCAAAAAAGAAAUGUUGUAAACCAAGUUGUCAGAAAGAAUACAGUAAUGUAGGAAGUGCUGAUGCUAGAGAUUUAGAAAUAGAUGAUGAGGAUGAAAUCAUGCAAAAUGAAUGUGCUAAAAAUUCUCAGCUGAAGGCAUACAGAAGUGAACAAAAUUCAGAAGUGUCGCUACUGCAAGACAACCCUAAUCAAACCCAUGAUUCUGUAUCAGAAAAGGAUCAUUUUUUUGAUGUAGAGUCCCUCUGCCCCAAAUACAGGAAAUUUAAAAAAGCUUUGGAGAGUGAUAAAAUCCCUGUUUUAGAAUCUGGUUCUGGUAUUAAAGAAGUUCAGGUAACAUCUGGUGCAUCUAUUCAUCAGUUUGAAUCAAAUAUUAGUGGUGCUAUACAAAAACCUCUUGAAUGUACAGCUGUGCAUUCAGACUCAAAAUGUGAAGAUACUCAGGUAGCAAUGGAAGAAAAUGGAAAAGAAGAGUUUACGAAUGAAACAACUUCUCUGGUUAAGAGUACUGAAUGUUUGACAGAGAAGAUAGAUUCUAACUUUGUCCCUCAUAACUCUUCUGUUGCUACUCAUGGACUUUAUUCUGCUUCUUUCUUAAAUGCAUAUGAUCAAUACUGCAAUUUAACUUUAAGUGGUAUGCAAAGCAAUACAGUAGCUGAAAAAAAUGGCAUUGCUACAGGAGCCGGAAAUUGCAAACCAGUAAGUGAAAGCACUGUUGAGGGCCCAACUCCAAAAUCUAAUUUGUAUGAGCAGGCAAAUGUGAGCAGUACAUCACCUAGCCAUCGGAGCAGUGUGGAAAGAGAGAUAGCAGAACAGUUAGCAAAAGGAUUUUGGAGUGAUGUUUACAACACAGAUACAACAUAUCAAAUAAACUUGUCUCCUGCAUUGCCAAAAGAAUUUUCAGAACAAAGCUGUUCAGAAAAGAAAACUGAAUGUCCUUGGUUAGGAAUCAGGAUCAGUGACAGUCCAGAGCAUGGCACUCCAAGAACUUUUACAACAUUGAGCUCUGUUACUUGUCCCUUCAUCAGUAACCUCAGUACUGAAGGCACCACUGAGGUUAAUAGUGGAGACUGUGUUCCAGAACAACAACCUGAGCAAUGUCCUUAUACAUGUGUGAUAAAUUUGGAAGAGGAUUCUGAAACAGAUACAGAGGGUGACAGUGAAUCUUUUUCAGCAAGAGAACAGGAAUGUGAGGUAAAGCUACCAUUUAAUCCACAGAAGAUAAUUUCACUCUCCAGAAAUGACUUUCAGUCAUUUCUGAAAAUGCACAAAUUGACUCCAGAAGAGCUGGAUUGUAUCCAUGAUAUUAGAAGACGAAGUAAAAAUAGAAUUGCAGCACAGCGCUGUCGUAAGCGAAAGCUAGACUGCAUACAAAACCUUGAAUCAGAAAUAGAGAAAUUGCAAAAUGAAAAAGAGAACUUGCUGAAGGAAAAAGAUCACAUUUUGUCAACACUGGCUGAGACAAAACAGAAUCUAACAGGACUUUGCCAGCAAGUAUUCAAGGAAGCAGCGCUGAGUCAUGAGCAAAUCCAGAUUCUUGCAAAAUACUCAGCCUCUGAUUGUCCACUUUCAUUUUUGGUUCCUGAGAGGGAACAACCAGCACCUUCUGAUAUCUCACCUACAGUACCAUUGUGUGUUGAAUUAUCUGCUGGUCUUUCUGUUAUAUCAUCUAAUGAUCAGAAUUCUAGUUAUCAGCAUAUGAAAGGAGGUUGUGAUGCAGGAUAUGAUCAAGCACAAGAAUUAUGUCCAGUUCCUGUAAGAAUAUCAGAGAAAACACUGUGCUUGGAACAGUGUGUGCAGAGUGGUAGUGGUAUCACAGAUUUUUGUCAACAAAUGACUGAUAAAUGCACUACAGAUGAAUAAUCCUUUUUAAAACUCAGCCUAGCAUGAUUGAGGCAUAGGUCAUUGCAUAAGAAGGUAGAACUGCAGCUGCAUUAAUUUUGCACUUCAUAUCCAUCAUCCUCAAUCAAACCUAAAUGUAGUUAUGGGCUUUUCUCUAGUGACAUGUAAAGAAUAUGCAAUAUACCUAGUGUAAAAGAAAGGAAUCCAUGCAGUUAGUUGCUUCAGAUGUCCAGUGCCAUGGAAGGCAGUAACAUUUGUUUCACCCAUUACUUCACAUUUCCUGAUUAUUCUAGUCUUGGUGUGUUAAGAAUCUGGUAGUAAAACAAAACACUUCAAGAGUCUAAGUCUUUGAGAAUGUUAGGUCACUGCACUAGAGAUGUAGUUAUUCUUGACAGCUUGCUGUCCUUCCAUGAUUUCCAGAUAAAAGUAUUUAUAACAGACCAUGUUAAUUUGUGCUUCCUGCUUAAAAUUUGAUGUGGUUUUCAUAAGAAUAAUUGAAAUGAUUACGUAUUCUGGAAGGAUUUUAAUUUUUAUUAUUAAUCGUGGGACCAAAUUGGCUGUAUUGGGAAAAUCCUCUUUUAAAUAAAUUACUUUUAUGGGUAAAGCUAAUUGUAACUGUUCAAAUUCAGUUUUCAAUAGCUUAUAAUUCAGUUAUAAAAAUAAGCCACUUUAAAGCUUCAAUAAUUUUAGCUACCUACUAAAAUAAGCAAAUAGAACAUUUUUCUAUAGCCAGUUCUGCAUUGUAUUAAUUACAGAAAGUCUGUAUAAACUCUGUAAUAGUAUAGUGCUCUUAAUAAUAGAAGCUUUAUCUACUGAACCUCAAACACUUUUCCUGGUUUACAAAAUAUAAAAGCCAAUGGAAUUCUUUGUUUCCUACCUCAGAACAUAUAAGUUUUUGUAACUGUGUUUGGAACACAAUCAUCUUUCUGUGACAACUUUUUGCCUAGCAUAUUUACUAUUUGAGAACCCUGCAAUCUUCUCUAGUAUGCUCAAGUUUUGGUUAAGCCUCUAGAAAAGUACGCUUGCAUUUCUAACAUGCACUGUCAAUCAACAUGGUAAAUAUUUGGCCAAAUACAUAAUCCAAACAGUACUACUAACAACCAGCAUGUAUUACAAAAAAAAAACUACACUACCUCAUAGAGUGAUUUCAAGAUCAUUCAAAGCUGCAGUGAUAUUCACAAUACAUGUCACAAACUAGCAUUAAGAAUUACAUAGCUUACAGACUUUUAACUUCAUUGUGGAAGUUUCCUCUAAAUAUGCAUGAAUUCUUUUGCAUGUAUUCAUUUCUCUUUUGAUCAUAUAGGGAAUGAGUCCUUAAAAGCCUUUAGUUGGCAUUUUAGGUGUUGUGUGCAUUAAUAAAACUCUUACUCUUGAAGAGUACACAUGCA